AUGGACCCAGGCCUGGAGCCGCCCGAGGGUGUGAUACCCAACUUUGACAACCCUCCGAACGAUAAUGGUCAGGCGAACGCGGGAAUAGUGAUAUGUCUUCUACUCGUAUUUACCUCGGUCUUCCUACGCGCGUACUCAAAGCUCUUUUGCGUGAAGCAAGUCCAUUUCGAAGACUAUCUAGCAUUGUUAGCCCUUGGUCCAUACAUCGCAUUCGUGUGGGGGGUGUAUAGUCUUAUGAACCUCACCGGAUAUUUUGUACACCAGUGGAACGUCCCUAAGUCAGAAUUGCCCGAUGCCCUUUAUAUCAUCUACCUCAGUACCGCGUUUUUCGAGGCGACAAUGGGUACUGUGAAGACGGCGAUUCUUAGAGAAUGGAUCCGGCUUUUCGUUCCGCGGGGCACCAGGAACAACUUUUACUGGGCUUGCGUCGUCGUCAUGUGUCUGAACAUUCUAUACUACACUGCGUCGAUCGCGGCGUCCGCGCUGUCCUGUAGUCCUCACGAAAAAAUCUGGAACAAACGUCUUCCCGGACACUGCGUCGACAAUAAGGUCAUAUUUGUCUCGAGCGCCUCUAUUAACGUCGUUUCCGACCUGGCCAUAUUAAUCCUUCCGCAAAAGAUUAUAUGGAACCUUCAUACGACCAAACAGAAGAAGAUUGCAGUUUCUUCAGUUUUCGCCAUCGGUGUCAUUGCUUGCCUGGUGGGAGCGGUUCGACUUGCAGAGGCAGUGGUGUUCUUGCUUUCGGAGGACGUUAUCUACCACAUAGCGCCCGUGUCACUUUGGUGUCUUGCUGAGUUGUCGGUUGCCUUUGUCGUUUUCUCCCUGCCGGCUAUCCCGAAAGUUUUUGCUGGAAAUACGUGGAUCAAACGAGUCCUCAUAUCCUUAUCCUUGUGGUCCAAGUCAGCGACAGCCCAUACGAGGAUAAACGAUUCUGCGAGUUUUUCUCGUAAAACCGGUGAUAAUGCAAUCAAGCUCCAGACCGUGUCGAAAUCACAAGGCAUAAUGUCCGAAUCAAGCGAACAGCUGCACCCAUUGGACCAGCUGGAAUCUGGAAUUCUUCGAACGACUAGGAUUGAUGUUUCGGGCAUUUCUAUCGAAGAUCAUCAGAGCGAAGAAACCCCUAAUUACGCACAUAAUUGGAUAUCGAACAGAGAUAGUCCCCCUCCGAAGGUGACAGGAGGUUACUAG